GCAUUGCCCUCCCUGGAGGCCCUGCUGAAGUCGCCUGCCAGCACUGGUCUUUUCGUUCACUGUGCCGUGGACGUGUUAGGUCCUACAGGGAGAAAAAAGGAGUCUGCAGUAGCAGCUGGUUUCCAGGAGUACAGCUGUAUGCUCGGGAGUAACGCCGCACAAGGGGUGGUGCACCAGACUCACACUCGGGGAGCAGUUGCAAAGGAGACUGCUCACAUAGGCUGGACCCUUUAG